GUGUCCGCGGCACCCGCCCCAGCCGCCAUGAAUAAGGCGGCUGGCGGGGACGAGCUCACAGAACUCUUCGGUCCGAUCCCGGACCUUGUGCAGGCGGCCAACUCCAGCGGCAACGCGUCGCUGCAGCUCCAGGACUUGUGGUGGGAGCUGGGGCUGGAGUUGCCGGACGGCGCGGCGCCGGGGCACCCCCCGAGCGGCGGCGGGGCGGAGAGCGCGGACCCCGAGGCCCGGGUGCGCAUCCUCGUCAGCGUGGUGUACUGGGUGGUUUGCGCGCUGGGGCUGACCGGCAACCUGCUGGUGCUCUACCUGAUGAAGAGCAAGCAGGGUUGGCGCAAGUCCUCCAUCAACCUCUUCGUCACCAAUCUGGCGCUGACGGACUUCCAGUUCGUGCUCACCCUGCCCUUCUGGGCCGUGGAAAACGCCCUUGACUUCAAAUGGCCCUUCGGCAAGGCCAUGUGUAAGAUCGUAUCCGUAGUGACGUCCAUGAACAUGUAUGCCAGCGUCUUCUUCCUCACCUCCAUGAGCGUGGCUCGCUACCACUCGGUGGCCUCGGCUCUUAAGAGCCACCGGACCCGAGGGUACGGCCGGGGCGACUGCUGCGGCCGGAGCCUGGAGGACAGCUGCUGCUUCUCGGUCAAAGCACUGUGCGCGGUGAUAUGGGCCUCCGCCGCGCUGGCCUCCCUGCCCAACGCCAUCUUCUCCACCACGGUCAAGGUGAUGGGGGAGGAGUUGUGCCUGGUGCGCUUCCCCGACAGGUUGCUGGGCCGCGACAGGCAGUUCUGGCUGGGCCUCUACCACUUGCAGAAGGUGCUGCUGGGUUUCGUGCUGCCGCUAGGCAUCAUCAGCCUGUGCUACCUGCUGCUGGUACGCUUCAUCUCCGACCACCGCGUGGCCGGGACCGAAGGAGGAGCCUCAGCGGCCGGGGGAGGCCUGGCCGGAGCCAGCGCUCGGAGACGCUCCAAGGUCACCAAGUCAGUGACCAUCGUGGUCCUGUCCUUCUUCCUGUGUUGGCUGCCCAACCAGGCGCUCACCACCUGGAGCAUCCUCAUCAAGUUCAACGCGGUGCCCUUCAGCCAAGAGUACUUCCUGGGCCAGGUGUACGCGUUCCCCGUGAGCGUGUGCCUGGCACACUCCAACAGCUGUCUCAAUCCCAUCCUCUACUGCCUCGUACGCCGCGAGUUCCGCAAAGCGCUCAAGAACCUCCUGUGGCGCAUCGCGUCGCCUUCUCUCACCAGCAUGCGCCCUUUCACCGCCACCACCAAGCCAGAACCCGAGGACCAGGGGCUGCAGGCCCUGGCGCCUCUCCACCAAGCCGCGGAGCCCGACCUGCUCUACUACCCGCCCGGCGUGGUGGUCUCCAGCGGCGGGCGCUACGACCUGCUGCCCAGCAGCUCCGUCUACUGACGCGAGCCGAAGCCCAGGGCGCGCGCCAACUGCAAAGCGGUUUUUCCUGGGCGGAAAAGAGUGAAGGGAUUGCUGGGGGGACCUCCGGAUCAAGAGUUUCGGAGGGACGAGGAUGGAGCGGAGCACAAAGGAGCAGCCUAAGAAGAGGUUGGGGGCCUUCUCCGGAGUGGGGAGGCUGCGAACCCAGGAGGAGAGAGGCAGCUGGCAAUGGGGCCGAGCUCAGUCUUACAGGCCCAAGCCGUCAGCCUCCGUUCCGCUUCUCUCUACACGCACCCUCUUCCUCUUCUUAGGUUAUCAACGCUGGGCUGUGUAGGGCGCCCAGAAGAAGGAGAAGGCAUCCGGAAUGUAGAGCAAUUCGGGGGCGAGGAAGUGGCCUCAGCCAAAUGGUGCGCCGACAGCUGAGCGCAUGUAUUACAGAAACUUUUUUUUUUUUGGCAGCUCUUGAAAAAGUCCUCAAGGUGCACGCAGCCGAGGGAGCCACCCUCAAAACCUUUGCGCCCUGGUCUGGGACAGCCAGGGCGCGAAGGUCUGAUCUGCUGCUUGGCUGCGGUCAGGCCUAAAGGAUGGGAGCCGGAAACUUUUUCGGAGUUGAGAGAAAGAAGUGACAAUCUUGUUGCGCCCGCAGGAGAAAUGCACCGGGAGAGAGCCACCUCCCGUGAGGCGUAUGCUUUAUCUUUUGGGUCGGGGAGAGUGCGCAGACGCGGAGCCUGACUGGGACUCUGCCCUGCCUCGGCGCUCAAGGGUAGCCGGAAUCAAAACGCUCCCAUGUACUGGAGCUUUUUACUCCCGGGAGUGGCUUCCCUGAGAGAGCGAGCAGACUCAGUGAGGUUACAGAGGCUGAAGAGAGAGACUUCUUCAGGCUGACGGCCCCUAAGGAGAAGGGGGGUCCACCUGCUCUCUUGGUACCCCAGCAGCAACUGAGUGCGCCCUGCGCUGGAAGCUGGGUUCCCUUGGGAGCCCUGCGAGUGCCUGGAGACGCUGUGUGCGCUCGGGUCCGUGCACGGCAGGUGAGCUGUGCCCAGACGCAACCUGAACAGGUCUGAGGAGACACACCACUGGGAGAGGAGACUUUUCUGCAGCCUCUCCCUCUCACUCUUUGGGAAUCAGAGAGCGUGUUUGAUUGAGGCUCUAGACCAGCAAGUAGAAGAAUGACUCGGCCGCGUUUUUUGUAGGCUUAGAUAGAAGAUCAAGAGAUGCUGUAGAAGCGUGGUUCCUGAACACCAAAUUCCCAGAAGCCGGAGUCUGAUCGUUCCAGAGGAGUUGUGGGGUGGGAAGGGGAAUGGGAGACUCAAGUAAACUCUGUGCUGAAGGGGAAAGAGUAUGGAGAGUCUGUUCUGUGUGACGUACCAGGAUUUCAGGUGUGGGGUUUCUUAUUGGUCAUAACACUGAGGAGAGAAGGCAAGAUUCAGAAUUCCCACAGGACUCUACCUUAAUCAAGUUCCAUUCAUUCUAAAGAGUGCUCAGCACAUUGACACACAUGAUUAAUUCUUCCGUAAGCCCCAGUCUAUGGGACCUUCUGAAGGGUGACACAUUUCUCAUGACAAUUCUGUUCUGGUCACAGCAGUAUAGUCCUUUCUUGAGGCUGCUCAGAGGGAGGGAUGGAAUGAUCUACCCAUCCAGCUGCCAGUUUCAACAGAGGUGCUACUGUUUUUCUCUUUGGCGACCUAGUUUGCGAUCACAAACAGGCAAUGUGGGCACCUACUGGUGUGCUUAUUUUCAUACCAUAAAUAAUCACUAUAUAAGCAUGUCUGCUUCUAUAGCCUCUUGAACCAUAAAUUACUUUGUGAUUUUGUUGGAAAUUCCCAGGACUGUCUGAGAUAUAAGGCUCAAAAUGUGAACUCCAUAGCUCCAGCGUUCCUGUCCCACUUCUGUAACACACACAGUGCAAAAAUUAAGACCCUGCUGCAAACACAAAAGCUGCUUGACCUCCUCAAUUCUGAGCAGGCUUGAAGAAGGUAGCUUUUUCAGAAAACAGAAUAAUGCUUUUGUUUUAAAGUAGUCAAAUUAGCCUCUCUUUGCUGUUUAGGAUGAAAACUUAUUGGUACUGAUAUUGAGAACCAAUGGGCUAAUAACCAUUGAACUAUAAACACAAGUCUCCAAAAUAUAAAGUAAAUGAACAAGCAAACAUCUACAAAGAACAAGUAGUAGCAUGGUAGUGUAGCUCUGUGUUACACUGACAUUAGACACUUACUGAGAUAUUCUCUUUAUUAAGCAAUUUGCUGUUUUGAAUUUGACAAUAAACAAUGUGUGGAUUACCCAAG